ACUUUUAAAAAGUACAUUUGUUAAAGUCAAUAUUAAAAGUAAUAAUAUACACGACAUGAAAUGUGAAAUAAAAACAAAGAUUUGCAGAUGCAUUUUACAUGAAAGUCACAGCCUGAGUGUUUAAGAGCAACUAAAGAGAAAAUGUUGCAGAAAGAAGUCUUUGAGGGACAGACGCGCAUGCGCAACGGAGACGCCCCGCCUACAUUUUCAAAUGUUUGAAGAGUUGAAGCGGCUCGUCUCCCACUACAGCAGGGGAGGGGGUGAGGCUCUUCCCAUCAUGCACUCCCCGACCAUCAGCGGGAAACCAAAAUGGCGAAUACGCGGGGGGGAAGCGACCAGUUUGUUGUUUUCUGAAGAGGCGCUGGAAGUUAUCGGGAAGCCGUCGUGAAGGACGUUGCUGUGCUCGUGGGAGGGGGCAAUCGCCGCCGUCCGCUCAUUUUGCUGCAGGAGUUGUUGGUUGAAGCGCAGGGGCCGAAUGAGAGACUCGGGAGUCGCUGAUCACCUGUUGGUCCAGCACACAUCUCACCUCCAUCGGCAGGGAGCUCCUCUGCUACCCAGCAGCCUCUCUGUUAGAGAGGAGUAUGGAGAGGAAGGCAUGUCUGCCCGGUUCAGAGAGGGACAGGACGUGUUGGCCCGCUGGUCAGACGGCCUGUUUUACUUGGGAACCAUCACAAAGAUAGAUGAGGAGAAACAGCGCUGCUUCAUAGUUUUUGAAGAUCAGUCAAAAUCCUGGGUUUUCUGGAAGGAUAUUCAAACGGGAGAUGAAGAUGAUGAAGACGAGGAGGACGAGGACAUUGUGUGCUCUAUAUGUCAGGAGGAAGUGUCCGAGGAACCCAAUGAGAUUGUCAUUUGUGACAAUUGUGGACAAGGAUACCACCAGCUGUGUCACGACCCCGUCAUCGACGCUGCAGUCAUCGACUCUGAUGACGAGUGGCUCUGCUCGGACUGUGAACAUGCAUCUCUAUCGAAGAAGAGGAGUUCACUCAAGAGGAGGGCGUCGGCCACGAAGCACGACGCCGAAGCACAGCAGCACACGGAGCUGCAGCUCUCCUUCCCCUACGCCCUGGACAAGCUGGUGUGGGACCAGGGCCACAAGACUAACCUCCAGCAGUGUUACUGCUACUGCGGCGAUCCGGGAGACUGGUACCUGAAGAUGCUGCAGUGCAAACAGUGUCAGCAGUGGUUCCAUGAAGCCUGUCUCCAUUGUUUACCUAUGCCCAUGCUCUACGGUGACAGGUUUUAUUUGUUCAUCUGUUCAGUCUGCAACGGUGGACCAGAGUUUGUGAGCCGGCUGCCGCUCAGCUGGAAGGAUGUGGCUCACCUGAGUUUGUACAACAUGAGUGUGAUUCACAAGAAGAAGUACUUUGACUCUGAAAAUCACUUGUUGGAGUACAUCAACGACAACUGGGAGCUGCUGCAGCCGGGAGAGCUCGCCGAUACGCCGAUCGCCGAACGCUGUGAGAAUGUUCUGAAGGCUUUAAACAGCAACAGCUGCAUAUUCAAGUCUGGAAAAGAAGUGAAAAAGAAGAAGCACUUGUUCAGCCUGCGGGUGUGUUUCCCGCCCUCCCCCCCCCACAGCAACGAGCCAGCGAACGGACUGAUGGACAAGACUUCACAUGAGAUCGCCGUGAAGGGCUGCAAGCCCACCACCACCCUGUCAGGAAUGGGAAGUCUCGGUACUUUAACCAACGGCACCAAAACGAAGAAGACGAAGAAGAAGAGGAAGAGGAAGCAGGGAGCGUCCUUCCUGGAGACUCCAUCCCAACGCUUCAGUGAGCGCCUGAGCCAGGAAACCAGAGGCCCCCUCCCCCUGGAGCCCCACCCUUUGCAGCAGUUCCCCUCCGUCAGAAAAAGUCAGCUUUCAUCCCAAACCUUGGAAGUGGAGUCCAUUGGAGACCUCAGCGUGUCGGAAACUACCUCAACCAGCAUUUCCAGGCAGUCCAGCCUCUGCAGCUCCCUGAUGCACAGACCGGCCUAUGGCAUGCCUGCGUCUUCUCCUCCUCUAAAACGGAAACGUGGGCGGCCACGGCGAGCUCUGCAGCCUCCCCACCCGGAGAUCCCCCCUCCCGGCCCCGCAGACGCCAACCCCCCAGCCUCGGAGAGGCUCCAUCUUCCCGGGCUCCACUCCUCCAACAUAGUCCACGGACUGGAUCCCGACAGUCAGCUGUCCCACCUCAGGAGCUCCAUCAGCAGCUACUUUGGAGCAGCAGGACGGCUGGCUUGUGGGGAAAAGUACAAAGUGAUCGCCCGACGGGUCACCUUCGAUGGAAAGGUGCAGUAUUUGGUGGAGUGGGAAGGAGUCACCGCCUCCUAGUCCGUUCAUGAAGCUGGACUUGUUCACGGAACGGAAGGACGCCGCUGCUGAUGGCGUUCAGACGGCGUUCGUGGUCUCGUCUUUCUGAAAAGCCCACAGAUGAACGUUCCUCCUGUGAGGAACCGGAGCGCUUUCGGUGACCUGUCAGUCACAUGGAUGCUGGUCCGGACCAAAAGCAGUCUGCUGCCCGUUGAUCCGUUUCAGAGGGGAGUUUAGGUUUUGCACUCUUCCUCUCAUAAACGGAUGAAGCCCCCAAACUCAGAGAAAUCCUGUCCUCCCUCUCAGGUCUGUCAGCUUUUUUCCAGAGGGAACCUUGCAUGACCUCAGAGUUCUGCUGCAGAUGUUGUUUUAGACUCCUCUAUUAUGACUGACUUAUGCAUAUCAGCCUCUUUUUUUGGUUUUGGACCCCGUUCUUUGACUGUUUCUCAGCCUUCAGACAUUUCAUUUCCUCCCAGACGUUUUUCUACCAACUAUUUAGAUUGAAAUGGAAUAACGUCUGACUUUAAGGAACCAAAAUGUCAUUUUAUUUAGUCAAACCAAACCAUAGUCCCGUACCCUCUGGUCACAGUUUCUUCUGCACAUUUGACUCCGUGGUGGUGAGGUGUUUGCCAGCAGAAGGACUGAACAGCAGUAUUUUCGGGUGAUGCUGGGACAGGUGACGGACCGUCGGACCGCUCAGGUGUGCUCCUGUUCUCACAGGAAGUCGCAUUGAUCCAAUCGCUCAGGAUAAGUCCCGGUGAGACUGCAGGCUUUGCAGAAUGUUUUGGAAACGUAGUUUCGGGGCGGAGUUUAGCAUCCUUUUGUAAGUUUUGUAUAACCUUAGCGUUUAUAAGCUUUAUGAUUUGUCUUUUAAAGUAAGCUGACGUGUCAGAAAACCACUGGAAAGGUUCUGCUGGUGGUCACUUCUAAACUCAUUGAGUUAUUUUUUUAAAGGGAUGUUUUGUUGAUGAGCAGACGCUCUGGUUCUGACCCGUCAGUGCGCUGGUUCUGUUCCCGCUCGUCCUGCUUCUAUCAGGCUUUUGGAGCCAAAGAACACGAGACGUCUUUGCGGUUUUCUCCGUACAUUUUUAUGCCUUUUUUUUUUGGAAGAAGACGUCACGUGUGAAGCUGUUUUGUUGAAGGUGAAUAAAAGUGGAUAUUUUUAA